AUGGAUACAAUAGAGAAGCAACUACCAAUAAUUGAAAAACAUGAAGUUCUUAUUGAAGAAUUGAAUGAAGAAAAAGAUGAGGAAAGGUUUGAAGAUGAGGAAGAGAAGGAGGAUGAGGAAGAAGGAAUUGUAAAAGAAGAGGAAGAAGAGAAGGGGGAGGAGGGCAAGGUUUUGGAAGAUAAGAAGGAUACAACAUUGGUUGAUGUUAAAGCUGGAUUAACUGAAGAAAAAACUGGAAGAGAUGUUAAAGAAGAAAAGGAAGUAAAAGAAGAAAAGAUAAAAUUAGGAAGAGAUAUUAAAAAAGGUUUUGAAAUUUUACCAAAAAUAGGAAAUCGAAAGGAAGGGAAAUUGUCUACAAAGAAAAUUGGGGAGUUCAAAAAACAACAUUUAGAAAAACAACAAAAACUUCCAUCAAUUCCUCCUUUGGACAUCAGAAAAUGCACCAGGCAACAUCCUUCAUCUUCAACUUUAAUUAAAACAAAAAAAGAAAUUCCAAGAUUAGAUAGAAUUGAAAAAACAACAAAAGAAGAUAAGUCUAAAAAGGAUGAAAAAGAAGUUUUUGUUUUAGUUAAAGGACAUCGAGUUUUUGAUGGACAUGAAAGGAAAACACCUAAUCCUUUAUUUUCUAUAAGAAGAGAGGAUAAACAAAAAGAAGAAAAAAGAAUAUUGUCAAAACAGAAGCAACAAAAGAUUGAAUUAAAUGAGAAGAAAAGAACGGAAUUGAAGAAGGAUGUUCAACCAAUAAUUAAGUAUACAUUUUUUUAA